AUGCUAUGCUAUGUUCAGUCAGUUUCCGGACUUCGGUCCGAUGCAGGGGGCAAGGCCCCAGUUAGCCCGGACUUCGGUCUGAUGCAGGGGACAAGGUCCCAGUCAGUUUCCGGACUUCGGUCCGAUGCAGGGGUCAAGGCCCUAGUUAGUCCGGACUUCGGUCCGAUAUUGGGGGAGCUCACUAAGCUUCGUGGUUACGGUUUUCAGUUUUGGUUUCAGGUACUCAGUUUUCAAAAGAGGAGCUCGGGGAGAUUGCAGUGCACACCAUACCGGAAGAGGGACGAAGGGAGCUCUAACGACGCCGAGCAAGAGAUGAAUGUCAGUGUUCCGACCACUGUACUCAGAAAAUUGGCAUCUUGGAUUGGUGGAAUGAGGUUCAUCCACAAUUUCAAGGUUUUCCAAGAGGUGGUCUUGUGGUUGAUCUUGUUAUCAUCAAAGGUUUCCUCCGGUAUCGGAAGAGCAUCUUCAUUGUCUACGUUUGGGCACAAGGUCCUCAUCAUCAGGUUUUGA